UAUAGAGUAAAAGCUCCCGAUGCUAAAUACACCAAACGAGGUAUAUCACAAGCUAUCGCAAGCAUCUACGACCCAAUGGGAUGGGUUUGUCCCUUAUUACUACCACUAAGACUAUUUCUACAAAGACUUUGGGAUGAAAUGCUCGAGUGGGACACCCCACUGCCAGACAAACUAGCAUACGAAUGGGAGAAUCUGGCAAAACAAAUCAAUCUAUCCAAAAACAUCCCUCGAGCGAUACGACCCUCACCCAACAACGAAUACCUCCUAGUUACUUGCACAGACUCAAGUAGCACGUCUGUAGGUAUAGCCAUCUACAUUGUUCCCGAAAAUCAGUCCAGUGCAACACUACUCUUCGCCAAAAGCAAACUCCACUCCCGUUCCACAAGCAUCACAAUUCCCAAAGCGGAAUUUUCAGCUUUAAGCAAAGGUGUCACCAACACACUCAACACCUUGCGCGAACUGAAGAGCAGCGUCAGCAUCAAACAAGUAAUCUUCUUAUCCGACUCCGAGAUCGCAUUAGCAUGGAUCAAAACGAAGCCUGAAAGGAAAACGACCGGAACAUUCGUGCACAACCGAAUCAAACAGAUCCUUACAGAAUCAGACCUCAUCCGCGAACAAGGCGCCACACCAUACUUCGGCUACAUCAACACCAAAGAUAACCCGGCAGAUAUCGCCACUCGCGGAGCCACAGG